AUCACAUCUACCUGGAGAGCCCCAGCAAAUUUGUACUGGAUCUGUGGUAAGAAAGCCUAUUCGGAGUUGCCACAGGACUGGGAAGGGGCAUGUGUGUUGGGUAUGCUCAAACCAUCCUUCUUCUUGUUACCGAUUGAAACAGGUGAGACUUUAGGUGUUAAAGUGUAUGAUGUGAAUACUAGGAAGAAAAGGGGACCCAUAGAGAUAGGCGCCUGGGAAGAUAAUGAAUGGCCUCCCCAGCGUAUUAUAGAUUAUUAUGGGCCAGCCACGUGGGCUGAGGAUGGUACCUUUGGUUAUAGAACCCCUAUUUAUAUGCUCAACCGUAUUAUAAGAUUACAGGCGGUGGUUGAGAUUAUCACAAAUGAGACAUCACAAGCGCUCAAUCUUCUAGCGAAGCAUACCACCAGGAUGAGGACAGCAGUCUACCAAAAUAGAUUAGCCUUGGAUUACCUUUUGGCAGUAGAGGGAGGUGUAUGUGGGAAGUUUAACCUAAGUAAUUGCUGUCUUCAAAUAGAUGACGAAGGGCAAGCAAUAGCUGAGCUUACUAGCCAUAUGGUUAAACUAGCGCAUGUGCCUACUCAGGUAUGGAAAGGGUACAAUCCAAGUAGUUGGUUUGGUAGCUGGUAUGAGUGGUUUGGAGGGCUUAAGGCAGUGGUAGGUGGAGUCCUACUGAUUUUACUGUUGUGUCUACUCCUACCGUGUCUUAUACCCUUAGUAGUUAGGUCUGUGCAAAGCCUGAUAGGAAGUAUAGCAGAGAGGAAGGCUGCUGCACAGAUAAUGGCGAUAUAUAAGUAUAAGGCU